AUGGCCGCCGGUGCGGGGCUGGCGCUGCUGACCGCGCUGCUGGCGGCGGCCGGGGCCGAGCGGGACCGGAAGGAAUGUCUGGGAAUAUUCUGGGGAAUUUCUGGGGAAUAUUCUGGGAAUAUUCUGGGGAAUAUUCUGGGGAAUGUCUGGGAAUAUUCUGGGGAAUGUCUGGGAAUAUUCUGGGGAAUUUCUGGGGAAUUUCUGGGGAAUAUUCUGGGAAUAUUCUGGGGAAUAUUCUGGGGAAUUAUUCUGGGGAAUGUCUGGGAAUAUUCUGGGGAAUAUUCUGGGAAUAUCCUGCCCGGGCAGUGCUGUCCCUCUGAGCCCUGUCCCUCACAGGUCACAGCCUACGAGGCCGCUGGCCGUGCCGGGCGCCUGCCCAGCCUCCUGCACACAGCAGACAGCUCCCAGCUGGAAUUUGUCCUGGCUGGGGUGGCCCCACGAGGAAACAGGUCCCGUUUUGUGCUGGAGGUGGCCACGGUGGAGGAGGCGGGGGCGGUGCGGGGGCUGCGGUCCCAGAGAUCCAUCGAUGACGAGUACACCCCCACCAUCUUCGAGGUGCUGUCCCUGGUAGCCGAGUCCCGGAACAGCAGCUCCACGCUGGGAUUCCUGCAGUGGAAGGCGACAGCCUACGGCUCCCAGAGCCCCCGGCGUGAGGAUGGGAUCCAGUGCAGGGCCCAGGGGCUGCAGGAGGCCAACUGGAGCCUGCCCACAUCCAGCGUCAUCCAGGCCUACUUUGGGGACAGUCUGGGCACCACCUGCACCAUCAGUGCCCUCAACGUGUCCUUUGGGGGAGAGGAGGGAGAGGUGUACCAGGAGAAGAGAUACCUGAGCUGGUCGGUGCUGCUGGGCUUUGGGGAGCCCCCCCGGGACAGUUUCUCCCCCCUGGUGAUCUCCAUCACGGCCGUGGCGCUGGGCACCCCCCUGGCCAUGCUGCUGCUGGGCACCUGCCUGGUGCUGCUGGCCCAGAGGAGACGAUACUCGGAGUAUGAGCCCAUCAACUGAGGGGGCUGGGCCCCACGGAGACCCCCGGGAUCCCCCCGGGAU